AUGUCGAACUCGCAGCAUAAAAUUAAGCGAAGUCACUCUUUUCCAUCUCUUUCGAGGUUGAAGUUGGAAGAUCAGUCUAAAGGCAAUUCGAUUGAUGUUCAAGCACUGCCUGUUGAUGGAAGUAGGCUUGCUCCGGAAAUCCCAUUGAACGAGAAGAAUAAGCAGUCGAACAGAAACCGCAGGCAACGCCCGAAAACUUAUGCUGUAUCAAGACGUCACGAACAGUUCGUUUCCAGGCCACCAUUGGGUUACAGACAUCAAUCUUUACCUUCUACCCUACCCGCUACAAAGGACGGGCUCCUUCAAGAACCACUAACAAGAAAUUUGUCAAUACCACAAUCCACUGAUAGUCAACUCAUCCAUAAGGACUAUUUUGACAUCGAACCGACGGUUUCUCAGCAAACUGUAUCCUUUUUUUCCUCUGACAGCUCCAGCGAAUGGAGCCAAAGCGAUCCUGCGAACCCAAUCGAGGAUAGAAAUAGUAGGGAGAUUAGUUGGAUGCCUUCACAGAUGAAGACCCUUGAUUUGCCAAAUGAUACACCAGCUGAAGGACCUUCAAACAGUCCUCUUGGAAUCAACUCACCAAUACCCAUUUGA